AUGAUCGGCACUUCAAGUCGACAGCCGGAACCUAGUGGCAUUCCACAUUGCGGUACUUGUGCGAAUGCGAAUGUCAAGGAGCCAAAGUCAAAAUUGUCCACCUCAGGCAUCCCAUUUUCCCUUGCUCCCAUUGUGGCUGUGACGAUGGCAGUCCUUCAGCUUCAAUGUCAAACUCUCAUUUCUCUCUUCGUCACCUCGCCCUUUCGUCUGAAUUCCACAUAUCACCAUCACGUCGACAGCCCGUCUCUCUUUCCAUAA